AUGCCGCCGCCGCGGCCCUGCGUCCGCUGCGUCCUCGGCAAGGGCCGCUCGGACGGGGUUAAGGACGUCUUGUCCUGCCGCUCCUUCGGCGAGAAUCCGCACAAAGGGGCCCGCGCGCGCUCGCCGCUGGGGAGGCCGCGGACGCGCGAGCGAGCGCGCGGGCUCGACGGCACCCAACAGGCGCGCUUUCUCGAGGCCGUGUCCAGUCAUGUGCACCAGCGAGCGGGUGGGAUCGCGGGGUUUUAUGUGCUUCUAGCUCGUGGCGCGAUUGGUGAGGGCCUUCACCCGAGGAUUCCUACCAAGGCUUCGUCCUCGGAUACAGAGGAGCGCCCCAAGGGGCCCAUGUUGACUUUGAACAGGUGCUGGCAGCAGCUGGUCUCUCUCAUCUCGAUCCCCGUUUCCAUGGUGGAGCUGGCGGAUCUUUUGUGGGACCCCAAAUAUUUUACUAGCCUUUCAGCAGAAGAGCUUGCGUCGUUGGAAAUUUCUUUUAAGGACUUUGCCGAGGCUUUUGGAACGAACCUAUUCGGGAAGCAUUUCCUUGCUAAGAGAAUUUAA